GCGCUCUCGUGGACAGCGGGAGCGCGCGUGUGAUUGGCCGCGGACCCUGCGCGUUCACGAUCUAGUUGUGAGAUUUGCGCGCCGCCGCUCGCUGGAGGAGAGGAAAGCGAUAGUUGUCACACCGAGGGGCAAAUAACUCACCGUUUCCAAUGAAUAACUGCCCCUUCAGCGCGACCGCCAGCUGACGCACUGCCCUGCGCGAACCCACGCGGACGGAGGAGCGACGCGGCGCGAUCGUGCGAGGAGUAUCCGUUCCUCUGCUGCAGUAUGGCUCAGCCGAGCUCGUGCGCUCAGAGCAGUAACGGUGUGGCCGACGAGUCUCCCAACAUGCUGGUCUACAGGAAAAUGGAGGAUAUCAUCGCUCGCAUGCAGGACGAGAAGAGCGGGAUUCCCAUCCGCACCGUCAAGAGCUUCCUCUCCAAGAUCCCCAGCGUCUUCUCAGGGUCUGAUAUUGUCCAGUGGAUGCAGAAAAACCUGAACAUUGAAGACCAAGUGGAGGCUCUUCAUCUGGGGACGCUGAUGGCGGCUCACGGUUAUUUCUUCCCCAUAUCAGACCACGUUCUCACACUGAAGGACGACGGAACCUUCUACCGCUUUCAGACUCCGUACUUCUGGCCGUCAAACUGCUGGGAACCAGAAAACACUGAUUAUGCGGUGUACCUCUGUAAACGAACCAUGCAGAAUAAAGCUCGUCUGGAGUUGGCCGAUUAUGAAGCUGAGAGUUUGGCGAGACUACAGAGAGCUUUUGCACGGAAAUGGGAGUUUAUAUUUAUGCAAGCAGAAGCACAAGCAAAAGUGGACAAAAAACGGGACAAGAUCGAGCGGAAGAUCUUGGACAGUCAGGAGCGGGCCUUCUGGGACGUUCACAGACCUGUGCCUGGCUGUGUGAACACGACUGAAGCCGACAUAAAGAAAUCCUCCCGGAUGAAGCAGCCACACAAAACACGGAAGUCAGUGUACGGUCUACAGAACGACAUCCGCAGUCUCAGUCCCACUCACACGGUCACACCGGAGGUCAAAGAGCCCACAGAGGACGAGCUACGCAACCAGAUACAGCACUGGCAAGCGCAGUUAGACAGACACCGGUUAAAAAUGUCCAAAGUUGCAGAGAGUUUGUUGAGUUUCUCGGAGCAGUAUGUGGAGUACGAUCCGUUCUUCACGACACCGGAGCCGUCGAACCCCUGGAUCUCUGAUGAUGUCACUUCCUGGGAGCUGGAGACCAGUAAAGAAGCCGGACAGCAGAGAGUGAAGCGCUGGGGAUUCUGCUUCGACGAGGUUCUGAAGGAUCCGGUCGGGAGAGAGCAGUUCCUCAAGUUCCUGGAGUCCGAGUUCAGCUCCGAGAACCUGAGGUUCUGGCUGGCGGUGCAGGAGCUGAAGAAGCGUCCGAUCCGAGAGGUUCCCACCAGGGUGCAGGAGAUCUGGGAAGAGUUUCUGGCUCCUGGAGCUCCGAGUGCCAUCAACGUGGACUCCAAGAGCUACGACAAAACCACGCAGAACGUCAAGGAUCCCGGCCGAUACGCUUUCGAAGACGCUCAGGAGCACAUCUAUAAGCUGAUGAAGAGUGACUCCUACAGCCGCUUCAUCAGAUCCAGUGCCUACCAGGAGAUGCUGCAGGCCAAGAAGAAGAAAAGCAAGAAUCUUUUCUAGGGUCUGAAUCACAGAUGCCAUCAGCGCUUGUAAAAUCACGCAAUCAUCACGUUACUCGUCUGUACAUGAAUGCUGAUCGUUAUACAGAGCAGAUCCAUCACCGCAUGAGCAACACACUUCUCCUGAUUCUGGAGCUUCACACGGACUUCAGUUCAGAAAGCCAUCGAAGAUCCUUCAUUCUGAAACCCCUGCCUUUCUUACGGUUCAUUUGCCUCUUGCACUUCCACCCCAUCUGAGCUCUUAUAGUUAUUUUUAUAUCUCAGAACGUUUUGUUGUUUUCUGUAAACUUUGCUUCUGUAAAUGUGUACAGAUCCGGAGAAUCAGAAACACGUCAACGCUCAUACAAUCACUGCCGUUUGAUACAGACAUCAAUGUGUUUGGAUGAUGUACAGUAUAAUGGACGCUAAUAAUAAUAAUAAUAAUAAUAUUUGGACACCUAUAUUUUGCCAUCUGUACAUUAAACAUGACCCAGCAUCCAUACGGUAAUGUUCAUUUCUGGACUCAUAAGAUAAGAUGAUCUGAUCUGACAUCUACGCCACACAGUAUUUCAUUUGAGUUUUAUUUCUUCAGAAAACGACUGUGAGCCAAAGAUUCUCGGCGGAGAAACGGAAACCUUCGUCCAGCUCAUCCGGUCUGGGUUCUUGCAUUUAUGAUAUAGAUUCUGUACAUAAAUCCAGUGUUACAUAAAUAAAGGGACUGGAGAUUAAAAGUGACUCAGUGAAUCAUUAAGAAUCAUUUGUGUGGUUCUGAACAGCAGAGGGCAGUGAAUCGCAGCGGUUCAGUCAUGAUUGGCUUCGAUUCAUUCUCAUGAGAAACCUUUCUUUCAUUUCAUUCUCAAAAGAGUUGAUUUUGAUGUUAAUUUUUCUGCCAUGUCAUUUAUUAAAAGCUUGACAUUGCUAAAUUAUAUAUUGACUUUUAAUUUUAAUAAUUCUUUAAAUCAAAACACUUCCCUCUGCUUGGACUAUAAUCAAUAAGUGACAAAAUCAGCUCAUGUUUGCCAGUGAAACACAAUUUAUGACAUAAAUGAGAAAUGUUCAUUUCAGUUUUGUAAAUGCUGUACAGUUUCUUCUAGAAGUUACUACAUCAUUCCCAUAAUUCCAUUUGUGUGAUUUCUGAGUUUUCGUCAUCUAUUUUUCUAACAUUUUGGAACAGACUAAAGCAUGAGUAGACCCUAACCCUAACCCUAACCCAUUCUAGAAAUCUGUAAGAUGUUCAGCAUCUAAAAAGAGAGCUCUUAUAGAUCUCAUUUCCUUUAUUUAAACGCCUUCAGCAUAAGAGAA